AUGCUGUUGCUACUGUCACUGUUACCUCUGCCGCUGCUGCCGCCGUUGCGGCUGUUCCUGAUUUUGCUUUUGCUUCUGCUGCAUGACAAUUGUUUUCUUCAUCUAAGCAGACACCAGCCUCAGAUGCUCAAGGUGAGGAGCCAGCCUUUCGCUCUGGGCUAUUGGUUCACUUAA